AUGUUUUUCAACCUGUGUAGCCUGACCAGUGCAUUGGCGCUUGCCCAUAUCACUUCUGCAGCAGUCGUAGCAGAGAGGGCGACGACGAGUGCUGCUCCAGUUGCUUCCAGCGCCGUUUCUGCACCAGCUGCUACCUCGUCCAGAAAGGCUGAUACAGAAUGCAAAAAUACGGCAUUUACCAGGCAGUGCUGGGGAGGAGGCUUCAGCAUUGCUACCGACUAUGAUACUGCUUGGCCGAAUACUGGUAAUACAGUUUAUUACAACUUCGAGGUCACCAACACGACGAUGGCACCUGAUGGAUUCUCACGUUUGAUGAUGGUCGUCAACGGACAAUACCCGGGACCAACGGUCUUUGCCAACUGGGGAGACACUAUCUCGAUCACUGUCAAAAACAGCCUUCAAAACAAUGGCACUGGAAUCCAUUGGCAUGGAAUUCGUCAAAUGAACAGUGCGACUAUGGAUGGAACCAACGGCAUUACCGAAUGUCCAAUUCCUCCUGGAGGUUCCAAAACCUACACGUUCCUCGCCACACAAUUCGGAACUUCUUGGUAUCAUUCACAUUUCUCGUCCCAGUACGGCGAGGGAGUUUUAGGCCCGAUAGUCAUUCAUGGCCCGGCAACUUCCAACUAUGAUGUUGAUCUCGGAGCUAUGCCUGUUACAGAUUGGUAUCAUCGAACAGCCUUCGCGCUGAAUAAUCUUGCUUUAACGCACCCAGGUCCACCUCCUGUGGCAGACAACGGCCUGAUCAAUGGCACCAUGGUUGGCACGUCUGGAACUGGCGGUAGAUACCACAAGAACACUAUUGUCAAAGGAAAGAAGUAUCGUCUGAGACUCAUCAACACAUCUCUUGACAACAGCUUCCGCGUCAGUCUCGAUGGCCAUAACCUCACCGUCAUUCAAGCCGACUUCGUGCCAACAAAGCCUUAUACAGCUCAAACCAUUUUUAUUGGAAUUGGUGAGCGGUAUGACGUGAUCAUCAACGCAAAUCAGAAUAUCGACAAUUACUGGUUCCGUGCUCGAGUGAUGACAUCUUGUGGAGUUAACAACAACAAUGGAAACAUUAUGUCAAUCUUCUCUUAUGAAGGUGCCCCGAGUAGUAACCCAACUUCCUCAAGCUGGAACAUCCCAGAUAACUGCGCUGACGAGCAGGGGUUGACUCCGUAUGUCGUCAAAAACGUCCCGAGCGCGACUUUCGCAAAGGAGUGGAAAGAACUCGAUGUCAUGGCUAGUGUUGGUGCCUCUGUCAACGGACUUGGUGGAAGCGUCGUGCAGUGGACGAUGAACACCAGCGCCAUUGACAUCAGCUGGACUGAUCCAACACUUAGAUACGUCGUAAACAACGACAACACUUAUUAUAGGGAUGGUAAUGUUAUCCAACUACCAACGGCGGACAAGCUCUACUUUUGGGUGUUCAAAUCUCUUCCUGGGUUAGCGGUAACACCUCAUCCAAUUCAUCUUCACGGUCACGACUUCUAUCUCCUCGGCGCUGGAAAUGGAGACUUCACUGAUCCCGCCGCUCUUCAAUGGAACAAUCCUCCACGACGGGACGUUGCUAUGCUUCCCGCUGGAGGCUACCUCGUGAUUGGUUUCGAGGCAAACAAUCCAGGCGCCUGGCUCAUGCAUUGCCACAUCGCAUUCCACGUCGCCCAAGGUCUUUCCGUGCAAUUUUUGGAGAGACAGCAGGACAUCCAGAAGGUCAUGAGCUUGGGUAAUGUCAACUCCGAGUGCGACGCUUGGGAUAAAUAUGAUAAGACAGCUGUCUAUAAGAAGGAGGAUUCCGGGCUGUAA